CGUAAGGUACGAUAUGGUAGGUACGUACCGGUACGUUGUAAACGAGGGCUGGUUUUAGGGAACACCGCACGGAAUUCCUGGAGGUCUCGUUUCGCUCUUUGGGUCGAACGAGUCGAGGGCGGCAAGACCAAACAACCUUCGAUAGGCUUCGAUGAUUUGCCUGCAUUGCCAUCUCCCCAACUUGGUAUUCCUGAACAAAACACAAAACCAACAACUUACCGCUAGUUUUGAUAGUUUUGAUCGAGCGUUGUUUCGACCCGGAUCGCAGUAGCAGUAGCAGUAGCAGUAGCAGUAGCAUUAGCGGUAACAACACCACCACCACCAACAACAGCAACACCACCAACAACAGCAACAGCAACAACAUGCAGGCCGACUGGGAAGUCUCGCGGCAGCUGGUUUCCGACGGCCGGGGCGUUCGCGUGGCGUGCAUCCUCCCCCCCUCCAACCCGGGCGCGGACCGAUACCGCAUCCUGGCCGGGGACCAGGGGGGCGGCCUCUGCGAGUUCGGGAUCCCCUCCGGGUCCCUCCGGCCCAUCGGCUUUCGGCACGACCACGCCGUGACGGCCCUCCUGUCGUCCUGGGCGCCGUCGUGCACCGGCAGCGGCCGCGAUCCCGUCUUUUACGCUAGCGGCUGCAAGGACAGCCACGUGCGGGUCUUUGACGCGGCGACACACGAACCCAUUGCCACGCUCCGGGGCCACGAAAAGCCCGUCACCAGCAUGGCCUUUGCCCGGCCGGGAAGCGGGGAUGCGUCCGCGGGUUCGGAUGCGAAUGCGGAUGCAAAUCCGGACUCCCAUUCGAAUGCGAACCAGACUCCGUUCCUCGUCACCGGGUCCUGGGACGGGACCGCAAAGGUCUGGGACGUCCGGAGGCAGGCCCUCCUGGCAACGCUGCCGGGCCACGAGAACUCUACCUGCGUCGCGGGGCUGCCCCCCCUGGAGGACCAGUCGCGAAGCGUGGUGAGGAUCGCCACCGGGUCCGCGGGGCUGGCCCGGAACAACCAGAUCGAGGGACACACGGUCCGCAUCUGGUCGGUGGACCUCCAGAAGGGAGAGGUUCGCUGCGUCCAAUCGGUGGCCAACGACCACCACGGGCCGAUCCGGGACAUCGCCACCCUCGGAAGCAUUGGUACCAAUAACAGCAGCAGCAGCGGAUGGAUGGCCACGUGUUCCAACGACGGAAGCGUGAGGCUGCGUUCGAACACCACGGGGGACUCGGUGUCGAUCCUGACCUUUCUGCACCAGCAGUCCUCACACCCACCGAUGCUGCUCUCGGUGGGAACGAUCCUGGAUGACGAAAGCCGCACGACGGACAUCGUGGCCUCUGCAGAAGACGGCCACGUGGUGGUCUGGAAUUCCCCCGAGGAAGAGGCCGAAACGGGAGCUCUCUCGGUGUCGGAACCGCAAGUCGUGCUGCACCCGUCGUGCGUCUGGAGCGCUAUGGGUCUUCCUGGUGGAGACUUUGCGACGUGCUGCCAGGACGGAACCCUCCGCAUCUUCACCAGGACAUCGGAUCGAAUGGCCCCCCGGGCGGAACGGGAGGCCUUUGCCCAAGCGGUCCAGGAGGCGCACGCGAAGAAGCAAUCGGGACCCAGCCCGGAAGAAGUGGCGAAACUCCCCGCCUGGGAGGCCCGCCUGCAGAAACGGGGAACCUCCGAGGGACAGGUCCAGCUCUUCAACAAGGCCGGCGUCGCCAUUGCCGCGCAGUGGAGCGCGUCCUCGCAGACGUGGAUCGAGGUGGGCCAGGUCAUGGGAUCGUCCGACAGCGGGACCGUCGACGGGGUCCGAUACGACCACGUCCUGCCCAUCGAGGUGGACCAAACGGGCGGGGGGGUGGCCAAGCUACAGAUCGGAUACAACGACGGAGAGAACCAGUUUGUUGCGGCGCAGCGCUUCAUCGACGCGCACAUGCUACCGCAGCACCACCUCAACGAGAUUGCCAACUACAUCGAACAGCGCGCAAAAAGCGAGGGACGGACGCUGGGGGGACCACCGGCGGGUGCAACUUCCUCCGCACCGGCGGCGGCCGCCUCUGGGAUGCCGAUGGCAACCUACGAACACCUGCCGGCGCCGGCCUACAAGUCCUUUGAGCUGUCCGCCAAGUCGGCCGCCACGACGCUCGAAAAAAUGAAGAAAAAGAUUGCCGAGCACGGGGGUGUCUCCGAAUCCCAGCUGGCGGCGAUCUCGAGCCUCUCGGACACCCUGGCCGCCACCAACCGGUACCACUCGUCCAGGAUCCAGCCCAGCGAGCUCGAAACCAUUGCCCGCAUGCUGGAAACCCUACCCCGCGCCGAGGUCUUUCCCGCCCUGGACCUGGCCCGCCUCGUCGUGGCCCACCCGAGCGCCUCUGGGCCGGCCAGCGCGGGAUACUGGACCGCUGUGGUGGACAGGGCCCUCGCCCUGUGCACAGGGGACGACAACCUCGCGGGACCCGCGGCCGUGGCGAUCCCCAUGCUCUCGCUGAGGCUCUUUGCGAACGCCUUUCGCGGCGGACCGGGGUCCCUCGAGGCCGUCGGGGGCCGCCUUACCGACGUGUUGGCCUGCAGCCAGCGCUUUCUCGGAUCGGCCAACAAAAACGUUCGGCUGUCCGCGGCCACCCUCCUCUACAACACAAGCUUUUACGUCUUUUCCAAUCCGGACAACGCCCCACAAGGCGCCGCCCUCGCGGUCGUCUCGCAGGCCGGCACGGUCCUCCGGUUGGGGGCCUUCGAGAGGGAGGCCCUGGUCCGGACGCUGGUGGCGCUCGGGACGGUGGCCAUGGCGAGCCCCGGGGCAAGGGAGGCAGCCCGGUCUGCCUCGCUUUCGAGCCUGGUGGAGCCUGCGGCGUCGCUGCACGGAGACCUUGCCAGGGCACUGGCCCGGGAGGUCUACAGCGUUCUGUCCUAACCAUCGACACUGCGUUAGUCAGUUUAGUAGAGCCUUUUGUUUGGGUGGUCUAGAUUGUUA